AAAAAAAAAAAAAACCAGUAUUCACGGAGAAGCAAAAUAAAUCACAUCAAAGAAAGAAACCCCUUAUUUAAGAACUAGGGUUUCCAGAUCGGUAAAGUAAGACGAUAAAUUUCAAAAGAAAAAAAAAAAACCAUCAAGAGGAAAAAGAAGAACUAGUGCUCAUGAUGUUGUCUUUACACCAAAUUUUGGGGUUCGUUUUUGGGAAGCGUUGAAAGCAAAAGCCCAAAUUUUCCGAGGUUCAGCCCACAAAUCAGCUACAGUAGAAUGGCCCGAAGCACAGAAAGCACACAGUAAAUGGACUGAAGGAGCGAUCGUAAAUUGUGAUGCUGAAUGUUGUUGGUUGCAGUGGGUGGGUUAGGGAUGUUGAAUUCUGGUGCUGCCAUGGAUGAUAUGAACUUAAUUCAGCAGGCGCAGAGGCAUCAUCAUCAUCACCUGGUGGUUAGGGAGCUCGGAGAAGAGAUUGAUUUGGAAAUCGGGGCUGGGGAUGAUGACCCUUCAUCCUUUGCUAGCACCCCUCUUAUUGGUGGCCCACCACCGCGAGAACCGUCGUCUGUAGAAGUAGAAGAUCAUGACGAGAGCAAGCAUAUGGUGUUGGUUUCUCAACUCUCCGGCGAAGAUCAAGAUUUGUCGAAGCAACAGCCUGCGAAAAGGAAGAAGAAGGUAGUGAAAAGAUGGAGAGAGGAAUGGGCUGAUACCUAUAAAUGGGCAUAUGUUGAUGUGAAGGAAGGGACGGCGAGGAUAUUCUGCUCUGUCUGUAGAGAAUAUGGUAGGAAGCAUAGAAGAAAUCCUUAUGGGAACGAAGGCAGUAGGAAUAUGCAGAUGAGUGCUUUAGAAGAACAUAACAAUAGUUUGCUUCACAAAGAGGCUCUUCGUCUCCAGAUGGCUUCAAAAGACAAGAUUAUUCUUGAUAAACCCAUUUACGUUAAAGCACUUAUGUCAAAAACGGCUGGAUCAAUUGUUGAAGCUGCGCUGAAAAGGGAUCCACAUGAAAUUGAAUUCAUACAGUCGGUUCAAGAAGCGGUUCAUGCUUUAGAAAGAGUGAUCACCAAAAAUUCUAAUUACGUCAACAUCAUGGAGCGCUUGUUAGAACCUGAGCGUAUGAUUCUUUUCCGAGUUCCUUGGGUUGAUGAUAGGGGUGAGACACAUGUCAAUCGAGGCUUUCGUGUUCAAUUCAACCAGGCUUUGGGUCCAUGUAGGGGUGGUCUACGUUUCCAUCCAUCAAUGAACUUGAGUGUUGCAAAGUUUCUGGGUUUUGAACAGACUCUAAAGAAUGCUUUAUCUCCGUACAAGCUAGGAGGGGCAGCUGGUGGUAGUGAUUUUGAUCCAAAAGGAAAAAGUGACUCUGAGAUUAUGCGCUUUUGUCAGAGUUUUAUGAAUGAGCUAUAUCGUUAUUUGGGUCCCGAUAAGGAUCUUCCUUCAGAGGAUAUGGGUGUUGGUACUCGUGAAAUGGGUUAUUUGUUUGGACAAUAUCGUCGUCUGGCCGGACAUAUUCAGGGAAGUUUUACAGGACCAAGGAUAAUCUGGUCUGGUUCUAGCCUUCGAACUGAAGCUACUGGCUAUGGACUGGUUUUCUUUGCCCAGCUCAUACUUGCAGAUAUGAAUAAAGAACUCAAAGGACUCAGAUGUGUUGUCAGUGGUUCUGGAAAGAUAGCAAUGCAUGUCCUAGAGAAGCUUCUCGCCUACGGUGCUAUUCCCAUCACGGUAUCAGAUUCGAAGGGUUAUUUGGUGGACGAGGAUGGAUUUGAUUACAUGAAAAUAUCAUUUUUGAGAGAUAUUAAAGCUCAACAAAGAAGUUUGAGAGAUUAUUCAAAGACCUAUGCUCGAUCGAAGUACUAUGAUGAAGCAAAACCUUGGAAUGAAAGGUGUGAUGUCGCAUUUCCUUGUGCUUCACAAAAUGAAAUUGAUCAGUCUGAUGCCAUUAAUUUGGUUAAUUCAGGUUGUCGUAUACUAGUAGAAGGUUCAAACAUGCCCUGUACCCCUGAAGCAGUUGAUGUUCUGAGAAAAGCUAAUGUUCUCAUUGCUCCUGCUAUGGCCGCUGGUGCUGGAGGGGUUGCUGCUGGAGAACUUGAACUGAACCAUGAGUGUAAUCCAAUGCAGUGGUCCCCUGAGGACUUUGAAUCUAAAUUACAGGAAGCAGUGAAGCAGACGUAUCAGAGAGCUCUCAAAGCAGCAGCUGAUUUUGGUUAUCAGAAAGAGAGUCCCGAGGUUUUGGUACAUGGAGCAAUGAUCUCUGCUUUUCUGACUAUUGCUCAGGCGAUGAGUGAUCAAGGAUGUGUAUAAAAUAGUGUUCAAGAAGCCCAUUUUCAUGCUCUUCCAGACCGGGCCCUUAGCUGCCUGCAGCUCUAGAUGAGUUUGGAGGCAUGCCCUUGUUGGCAGGAAACUGGAACACAAUGACAGCAAAUAAUCCGUCAUCUCUGUGUCAUGUGGAUCUCAAGAUUCAUAAGCUAACGACGCUUAAUGCUGGAUUAUGGCAGGAGAUUCUUGUAACAUAUUGUAUUUUUAUAGAUAGCUGACGCUUGAAUAGGCUUAAUUUGAGGAUUGGUUGGAAAACACCCAUCAAGUUAUUGGUCUGUAAUUUUUUUUUUGUUGAAAGUUAAGUUAUUGGUAGUUUAGGUGAUAGAAUAGCAUAGAAUAGUCACUGGAUAUAUUGAUGUUACAUGUUACUGUCUUGAGAAAUAGUGGCAGUCUUGUUGGAAAUAAAAUAUAUAUAUAUAUAUAUUCUUUAUUGGCA